AUGGCACUAAACCUAUUUGAUCAAUUCAUAAGCCCCACACACCUUGGAAUUCCCCUAAUUGCUAUUGCACUUACUUUACCUUGAAUCCUAGUACCCGCUCCCACUAACCGUUAUCAAAACAACCGUUUAGUAUCUCUUCAAAGCUGAUUUAUUAAAACAUUUACACAACAACUACUACUACCCAUCAACCAAGCAGGCCACAAAUGAGCAAUAAUUCUAGCCUCAUUAAUAAUCUUCAUUUUAACCCUUAAUGUCCUAGGCUUACUCCCAUACACUUUUACACCAACAACCCAACUAUCAUUAAAUAUAGGACUAGCUGUCCCACUUUGGCUAGCAACCGUAAUUAUUGGACUACGAAAUCAACCAACAGCGGCACUAGGCCAUCUCCUACCAGAAGGUACUCCCGUCCCACUAAUUCCAGUUCUAAUCAUUAUCGAAACAAUUAGUCUAUUUAUUCGACCUUUAGCACUAGGCGUACGAUUAACAGCUAACCUUACAGCUGGCCAUCUAUUAAUCCAACUAAUUUCAACCGCAACAAUUACACUAAUGCCUAUAAUAACUACAGUAGCCACACUCACCGCUAUUCUACUAGUAUUAUUAACACUACUAGAAGUGGCGGUAGCCGUAAUUCAAGCUUAUGUGUUUGUUCUCUUAUUAAGCCUAUACCUACAAGAAAACGUCUAAUGGCCCACCAAGCACAUGCAUAUCAUAUGGUCGAUCCUAGCCCAUGGCCCUUAACCGGCGCAGUAGCUGCUCUCCUAAUAACAUCAGGUUUAGCAAUCUGAUUCCAUUUUCAUUCAACAACCUUAAUAACACUAGGUCUAGUACUAUUGCUCCUCACCAUAUACCAAUGAUGACGAGACAUUGUACGGGAAGGCACUUUCCAAGGUCACCACACACCCCCUGUACAAAAAGGCCUACGAUAUGGCAUAAUCCUCUUCAUCACAUCAGAAGUUUUCUUCUUCCUAGGAUUUUUCUGAGCAUUCUACCACUCCAGUCUCGCUCCCACCCCAGAACUUGGAGGAUGUUGACCACCCACUGGAGUUAUAACCUUAGACCCCUUUGAAGUCCCACUACUUAACACCGCCGUCCUACUAGCAUCUGGCGUAACCGUCACAUGAGCACACCACAGCCUAAUAGAAGGGGAACGCAAACAAGCUAUUCAAUCCCUUGUCCUUACAAUUCUACUAGGCCUAUACUUCACCGCUCUCCAAGCUAUAGAAUAUUACGAAGCCCCCUUUACCAUUGCAGAUGGAGUAUAUGGUUCAACAUUCUUUGUAGCAACAGGAUUCCAUGGACUUCAUGUCAUUAUUGGCACAUCUUUCCUGGCUGUCUGCCUCCUACGACAAAUCCAAUACCAUUUUACAUCAGAACACCACUUUGGAUUCGAAGCAGCUGCCUGAUAUUGACACUUCGUAGAUGUUGUAUGAUUAUUCCUAUAUGUCUCUAUUUACUGAUGAGGCUCAUA